AUGCUUUUUUUUGUUAGCAAGAUUGGCAAGUCCCGGCAUUCCCAGUCCGACGAUGCGCAAGCGGUGGCUUUCGCCGUCGCAGAUGGAGUAGGUGGCUGGGCCGAGUCCCGUGUUGAUCCAGCGGACUUCUCACAUGGGAUUUGUGGCGCCAUGGCAAAGGCAGCUCUGAGCUGGGAUGAAUCUGCAGAAAAGCUUCGACCCAGGCAGUUACUACAAGACGGGUACGACCAGGUGGUUGCCGACCCCAGCGUCAAGGCUGGUGGAAGUACCGCUUCUGUCGGUGUAGCACUCCCCGAUGGUCGCGUUGAACUAGCCAAUCUAGGAGACUCAGGAUCGGUCCUGUUGCGCCUGGCUGCUGUACACCAUUAUUCCGUCCCGCAGACCCACGGAUUUAAUACUCCCUAUCAACUGAGCAUUAUUCCUCCCCGCAUGCGCGCUCAAGCUUCAGUCUUUGGCGGCUCCUACCUUGAAGAUUAUCCCCGUGAUGCGUCGGUUACAAACGUGCAGAUGCAACAUGGAGACGUGCUCAUGCUUGCCACAGAUGGCGUCUUCGACAACCUCAACAAUCAAGAUAUACUGAAAAUCGUAUCCAGCCGCAUGUUAUUGACAGGCGCGUGGACGGUUUCCCCUGAAUCCGGUAUCAAUGUUUCGGACAACCUUUGUGACCUUACUCGGCCCGGCGGUCUUGCCUCUGCCUUCCCUCCUCCAUCUGGCCAGUCCAGUACAAAGGAGAGUACGAAGGAUCCGGGAAGUGACCUAGAGUCCACCAUUACUCUACAAUCACUCCUGGCGGCGUCCAUUGCCGGUGAAGCGAAGAUCGCGAGUCUCGAUUAUCGUCGCGAUGGGCCAUUUGCCAAAGAAGCCCAGCGUUAUUACCCUGGUGACUACUACCGCGGAGGUAAGGUCGACGACAUCUGUGUCUUGGUCCUUGUUGCUGUCGAUGAGAGCAUCGGCAAGUAG